UUGCGUUAGAAACCAACAGUGAACGAUGAUGACGCCUAAACAAGCACGAUGGAAGUUCAUCCGAGCAGUGCGUAUGAUCAUCAUGCAAAUUACCCUCAACAAAGCGACGGCCGAUGUCGAAGAGGAAGACCAGAUCCUCUCGUUUAACUCCCACUCCUCAGGGACAGAUGGCACUGGAACAAUCGAACAACUCACUUUCGAUAAGAAAUACUUCCGAGCCAAACGAGAGACCCGCAUCACACAAGACGUGAAGAACUUUCUCAGCAUUGAGCCCGAGGACCGCAAGCCAUCUCAGCUCAAAUUGGCUCUGCACGGUCUCCAGUCAAUCUCCUCAUUUGCAGAGUACCCUCUUCACAUCCAAGAGAAACUUGUCCGCGUUGCGUUCUUCUACAACAUACCAGCAAAGAGAGUUAUUAUCCGUCAAGGUCAAAAGGCAGAGAUCUUCUAUUUCUUGAUUACUGGAUCGGCUGUUGUGACACGUUCAGAUGCAGACCGCAUCACCAAGGAGCCAUGUACCAAAGUGAUACAGAUCCUCCGCAAAGGCGAGUGCUUCGGAGAGCCAGAAUUGCUCCACAAUAUCAAACGGACGAGCACCAUCACUGCUGAGGUGCCUUGUGAGCUUAUUGCUAUUGAAAUGGAGGAUUUCUUUGAUAUGUUCAUGGGAGAUGGAGAUCAUGGCAAGGAAAUGGAACACAUCAAAUUCUUGAGGUUAUUGCCUUUGCUAAAGGGAUGGCCAGUGCGCAAACUGAAUGAACAUCCACAAAUGGGACUCUUCCACUUUUUCAAACGGGGUGCAGUCAUAACAAAAGAUAGCAACAACUCCGACUGGAUCUAUAUCGUCAAGUCGGGGUCUUGUCAGGUUAUAAAGGAGUUAUCCGAGGCGAGACCCAUCCAGCGUCGGAGUAGCACCUGCCUCGAUCCAAACAUGAACGAGAAAUUUGCACCCAAUGGACUCAAUGUUGCACCAAAGAUAGACAAUGGAAGGCGUCGAUCAUCAGUUAAUCCACUAGACAUGAGCAAUAUGAAAGUUCCAUCAUUUGAUGACACCAAGUCUCAAAAUGGUGACAAGAAAGUUGUCUUUGUUCAACUUGACAUGCUGCUUUCUAAAGACGUAUUUGGACUGCCUUUCCUUUGCUCCGAGGCCGGGAUCACCGACGCUAAGCAGCCCAGUCUCAGCUUGGUCAGCCGCGGUGCCGAGGUCGUCAUGCUGAGCAAACGUUUCUUCCUGGAGCACGCCAACCAGUUUGUGAUCCGCCACCUCAAGGAGAUCGUCCGGCCAUACCCGAUGCAGGAGACGCUACAGAAGCACCUGCAGGCCCACACCGACUGGCAACACUUCAAGCAGAAAACCAUGUCCAAUGCAGUGACGGGCGUCAGACGCAAGUCGGUCACACAACCGCCAUGA